CGGUUAGUUUUCCUUCCUCUAGGACACGACCUUCACUCGUCCUCCCCCUCCGCCAUUCCAUCGUCGCUCACACCUUCUCUUCUUCCGAGAUAGGUUGGCUUUCCUCUGAAUUUGAGACUUCAAACUUCAAUCCCUCCGUUUCCCACUUCCCUCCUCUGAAGAAUAUACUCCAAACGGAGUGAGAGAGAGACUCGGCGAUGCCAAAUCAAUUCUCAAACCGGAACUUCGAUUUGGGAAAGUGAAUUGAAUGUUUGGCUGUGCAAAAAUUCUUCGAAGAUGAUUCAAGAACAUAAGCAGCUCAAAGUUACAGAGAAGUCCAAUUCCGCGAUGGACAUGGUUACGGAUGUUGCGGCUCCUCCUCCACCUCCUCUUCCUCCGCCGCCGCCCUCGCCCUCUCAUCAACGGCGGCCUAGGGUGAGGGAAGUGAGUUCUAGAUUUAUGUCUCCUGUGGUAUCUUCUGUACAGAGGCGGCCACGGCAGCAGCAAUCCGAAGUAGAUCCCUUGAGUACUGCUGAUGUGAACCGACCUAUAGAAAAUUCGGAAACUCCAUUUCCUUUUGGAUCUCAGUGUAAAUCAAAUGUAGUAAAUACGACUGCCACUAUACAGAGAAAACAACGAGCUGUGAAACUCUUUAAGGAGAAUGGUGGAGGAGGAAGAGUUGAACAGCAACCUCCUCACCCUUCAAAGUCCUGUUCUGGGAGGAUCGGAAAUGGUUUUACCUCACCCUCCUUGAGACCGGACACUCCAACAGUAACUGUAUCCUCAAGAUACAGACUCAUUUCGCAUCAGCGUUCUGCUAGUAUGAAUGCCACAGCUGCUUCAAAACUAUUGCAAGCAAGUGGGAUGUCAUCGGGAAGUCAAUCUUCCACUGCAAAUUCAUUUAAGGGCAACAUUGGUUCGCCCCAAAGGGAAACCAAUUCAGUGUCUGGGGAUACUUCUUCGGUAUGCUCUGAUGACGAAAAUCAUAGCAACUCGGAGGUCAACUGCAGCAUACAGUCACUUCCAGAAUUUCGGUCGUCUGUGCUGGAGGGAGAAAUGUUGCCUGCUGUGUCUACUAGAUCAGUGGAUGAGAAAACUGGCAAUAAGGGUGCUGUAAGAAGUAGUGGGGACAGUUUGAAAUUCCCCACAACACCUUUCUCACGUUCUCUUAACCCGUCAUUAUCAGGCAGUGAGCAUUUACUAAAUCAUUCCAUAAGGGGCAGUGAGAAACAUGUGACUUCUCUUGUCAAGCAGUAUGCAAAUUCUGCAAAAGUUGGAGGUCUUUGUUUGCCCCCAGUAGCUCCGUGUCCAAAACCGGGGGUAGAUAUAAAGAAAAGUAAAAAAGGUUCCAAUCAUCAGGAAAUCGUGCAUAGCCUGAGAUUGCUAUAUAAUCGUUAUCUGCAAUGGAGAUUUGCCAAUGCAAAAGCAGAAUCCUCAUUGAAAGCUCAGCAAGGAGAAAGUGAGAAAGCACUUUAUUCUCUGGCAUUGAAAAUGUCAGAGUUACGUGAUUCUGUGAACUUGAAACGCUUAGAAGUGCAGCUUUUGCAGAGAGCAAAGACUUUGUUAACAAUUCUUGAAGCUCAAAUCCCUCAUUUGGAUGAGUGGUCCUCUUUAGAAGUAGAGUAUUCUAUCUCCUUGACUGAAGCAAUCGAGGCAUUGUUGAAUGCCUCAGUGCAACUUCCAGUAGGUGGGAAUGUGAAGGUUGAUGCAAGGGAGGUGGGGGAGGCGAUAAACUCAGCCAUGAAGAUGAUGGAAUCAAUUGUUUUCCAUGUCCAAAGAUUUACAUCAAGCUGA